AUGGCUGCUUUAUGUCGCCACAUGGCGCCAUUGGUACUCUCCUUCCCCUUUCCGCGGACCAUGUCGUCUUAUCGACUUGGGUUCACUUGCUGUACAACCGCCAGCGUAACUUUUGGCGACAUAUCCAAGUUUGACAGGUUCAUCCCGACUUGGACCCUGCGGCGAUGGCUGUUUUCCGAGCAAGGGUCCGAAUCAUGUACGUACUGCUUCUCGAAGGGCGCCCCGGAACUCUGUCUGCAAGCAGUAAUGCACCAUCGAGGGCCUGGAUGA